UUCAUUGCCAUAUCAUACUGUUGGGGUGGUGAAAAACCAACAGAGUACCUACCGAUUUCAUCCAGAGCCUAUCUCAAAGUUACCAAAACCGUCUAUUCUAUCCUACGUCAUAUCUCGGGAGUUGCAAGUGGCCUCCCAGUCUGGAUAGACGCGAUUUGCAUCAACCAGGAGGACUGCGGCGAGAAAGGCGUUCAAGUCAGUAUGAUGGGAGACAUAUAUGCAGCAGCUCGAUGUGUCCUCGUUUGGCUAGGAGACGGGAAUCUCACUCAAGCUAGCCAGUUAGCUCUCUGGUCAUAUUUAACGUCUCCUUACACUCACAACAACACUGCGCUUUGCGACAUCGGCAGUUUUGGAGGCGUCGGUGAUAGCCUAUUUGGGUCGGUUUUGCAGUCUCCCUGGUUCGAGCGAGCUUGGAUUGUUCAGGAAGUAUGCCUCGCGCGCAAG